UCACUAUUAUUAUUACACCGGGGACCUCUGAUAAGGUACUGUUUUGCUCGGAAAAUCGUCACACCGACAAACACGUCAACGGUCAGUUGCGUUCUCAGCCGUUUUGCGAAAUUUCAACAUUGCCCGAAUGCGAUUUGUCAACAGUGAAAUAAUUUUUAUGCGCGUCCUAAAGGCCCAACGAUAAUAUCGUGAUAAAAUCGACGCGCGGAUAAACGUUGUGACCGUACCAGGAGAGGAGAUCGCCCGUCGGACCAAGUACGACCACGUCGCGAGUGUGAUGGAGCCGGACAAGGAGAUGCGAACGAAAUUCGACGAGGCCGUGGCGACGUUGCUGAAGCAAAAGUUCAAGGCUACCAACGGGUUCCUGAGUGCGGACAAGUACGAGCGUCGGCUGCGCGAAGUGAAACGGACGCGGAUGGCGUUGCGAACCGCGGGCGAGAAAGCGAUGACGGCCAAGGAUCUCCGGAUGGUGCGCAAGUACGACGUUACGGUGGACGCGGACGGCCGCGAGCGUCUGGUCAAAUUGCCGGCCGGCACGGAGUGCGUGACUAACGAGCAGCUAUUCGACGUGCUGCACAAGGCGCACCUGGACGUCGGCCAUGGUGGCCGGAACCGCAUGGUGACCGAACUCAAGGCCCGGUACAGCAAUGUGACCAAGGAGGCGGUGAUGACGUACCUGAAGCUGUGCACCCACUGCGCCCGGCACAACCCGUGGGCCGUGGCGUCCCACUUCAGCCGGGAUCACGUGUCCCGCGGCCGCAUCGAACUGAUCGACAUGCAGGAGCGCGUGUACGAUGAUUACCGGUUCGUGGUCACGCACCGCGACCAUGCCACCAAGUUCGUGCACCUGAUCGCUGUCCGGUCCCUACGGCCCGACGAGGUGGCACACGGUCUGCUGGACGUGUACGCGGCGUUCGGCGUGCCCACCGUGCUGGAGUCCAUGUGUGGCAGCGAGUACGUCGGCUCCGUCAUCGAUCACAUACGGUCCGUGUGGCAGUGGGCCGCGAUCGAAUAUGCUGUACCGGAGUCCUGCAGCAGGAGCAUGGAUCUCGAGCGUAUAUUAAAAAUGCUGGACGCGUGGGAGGUGGCGGAGAACUGCUACAACUGGCCGUUGGCGCUCAAAUCCGUCCAGCUGCAGACCAACUGCCAAGUGCAUCCGGCCAUAGGUAUGACUCCAUACCAGGCCAUGUUUGGAUACCCGCCGAAGAACUACUCGUAUUCGUUGUCAUCGUCCGAUCACACGUAUAACGAUUCGAACGCGGCAGCAGUGAAUAGCAAUGAUGACGGUUACGAAGCGACAACUUCUUACUGAUGACAGCGAUCUCGUGUCAUAGACGAAAACAGUCCCGAAUGGAACUGACGUGCAAAUGUGUUAAUAAUAAUAAUAAUUUAUUCAACACGUUUUUAUACGUUUUUUAAUUUUUACUUUCUAUUUUUCGGCCGAUAACAUACAUUCCGUGUACGCGUUAAAUAUUAUCAAGCACACGUUUUACCCUAUAUCCGUACCCGAUCCGUUGUUCGGAGUGUAAAGUCUUCUAUUCAACAUCACCAACGUAUGUAAUUUGAAAUUGUAUGACCAAGUGAUUUCACUCUUUAUGAUUAUUAUAAUUAUUAUUUGUAUUUAUUUAUCCAAUACGCAAUAAAAUUUCCUAACGUAUUGUUUCUCAAUA